AAAUGAAUCUAAACGUAACUAUCCUUAACUAUCAGUGUUCAUGUUUUUAUCAGCGUAAUCUAUUUUAAAAAUGAAAAAAACUCCGUCAUGAAAAAUCUCAAUCAGGUUUUACACCCACUAUUAUUCUCCCACAGGAAUUCAUUUGAAAUACAGAACUCGUAAUCACUUUAAUUUUUUUGAAACAUUCCUUUUCGAUUUAGGAAGCAGAUGGAGCUGUCAUUUUGGUUUCUUUCAACAUUAAAUAAAUCAUUCAACAACAAAAAAAUAAAUAAACUCUACAAUAAUCUCAUUUAUGCUGUUUGAAAUUUUUACUGGACCGUCUUAUAUAAUAUUAGCUAUUGCAUAACUUAAUAAUGACUUAUAAACACGUUUAACUUUAUAAACACCUUUAAGCUAUUUUUAUAGUUAGACUUAUUACCCAUAAAUCUACCACGUAUUUACAGAAGUUACUUUUUUGUGUUUAGAACGCAAGUUAUCUAGCAUCGAAAGAGUGCAUAUUACCACUUUUCGGAAAAGGUUUCUACUAAUGACGUCCUACGAAAUUGCAGCAAACAUUUUUUACUCCACAGUACUUGUAGUGUCAGUAAUAUUAAACACGACAGCUUGUUAUAUUAUACUGUUUAAAGUAAAGAAGAAAGAACUGACACAUAUAUUUAUUAUUAGCCUUUCAGUAACAAAUUUGCUCGAAUCUGUAAUUGGUUUAAUACCUCAAAUAAUUAUAUCAUCUGAAGCAAAAUUGGAAAAAACUCCAUUGUGCAUCACAGGCAGUUUUGCAGUGUUUGGGUUUGCAGUAACCAGUAUAACUCACUUAUCGAUAUUUUCUUUGGUCAGAACUGUCGCUAUAAAAUAUCCAAUUUAUUAUUUUAAAAAUAGCAAAAGGUUUUGGUGCAGAGCAACAUUAAUAUUAAUUUGCUAUUGCUAUGGAUUUAGUUGGGCUAUAUUUCCUGUAAUUGGCUGGUCAAAGUAUGAAAUAGAUCUUGAUAAAAAACGUUGUUCAUUGGAUUGGAGAAUGACAAGACCAGAUUCUUUAUCAUAUAUUUUAUCAAUUUUAAUCUUCUGUAAUUUUUUGCCUGGAACACUUAUUGCUAUAGGUUUAUAUAUUAGUAAAAAAGUAAUUUAUCGCCGAAGGACAUGUAAACUUAGAAAAAAUGAAAACAAUCGAUCUAUAGAUCUUUUGGAAAAAGAUUAUUUGAGAGUUUGUUUUCUAUCUAGUAUAUUGUUUUUUGCUAUUUGGACACCUUACGCAGUUGUUGGCAUUUUAGCACUGUCAAAGAUUGUUCCUCCUCCAUUGUUGGUAACAACUGCCGCUAUGUUUUCAAAAAUAUCCACCAUUUCAAAUGUUCUUACUAAUUGUUUUAUAAAUACUUCUUUUAGAAAACAUCUUCUUAACUUAAAAAUAGUUCGAGUAUUUUUAAAUAAAAAAAUUGAAUCCCCAAGGAUUGAAGAUGUUUGAACUAAAACUAUUUGCACAAUUUAUAUGUUGAAAAAAUGAAAACUUUGAAGUAGUUAUAGUCUCAAAAACGAAAAUGUGCUAAACCAUCGAUUAUACUUAGUUUUGAGCCUGUUAUGAUGACUACCGUUACUAUUGUUAUUGCUACAUAGGCUAAUAUUGUAAUAUAAAUUGCACGCAGAAAUAUCGAAAUAUUACAUGCUUCAAAAUUAUGCUUAGUUAAUACUCAAAUUUACAAGCAAUCCUUUUAUGCAAGAAAUAUAAGGAAUAACAAAUAUAAACAAAUGUAGGAUUUUUUUAAUUAAUAAAACUUAUCCUUAAGGUAUUUUCAACAAAUUUAAAAAAUAAUAAUAAAGAGAAAAAUCAACAACGAAAUGAAUUAUAAAGCUACAGU